AUGCAAGACCUCCCCGUGGAAGACAUCUCCAUGUCAGAUGAUGACCUGGAGCCUGACCUGAACUCUCACCCUACCUUCCGGACCUGGGGCACAGCGAUGCUCGAAAUAAGACAACUUAAAGAGGAGAACAAGAGGCUGCGGGAGGAGAACUUGAUCAUGAAGGGGGAAUUACUGGAUGCAGUGACCCAGCUCUCCGGGGUUGCGCGGCAGCUAAAGAAGGUUUUGCACGGAACUGCUUCCACAACAAAUCACCCAAGCACUCCUAUGCGGCCCGCCUCAAGGCCCACAACAUCUGACAUACCAGCACUGCAGGACACUCCCCCAAGACCACCAUCUGAAGGACUAGAGUCUGAGAUGACAGUCGAUCUUGUUCCGGGCUCCGGGGUUCGAGUUCCCAAGUGCAAGUUAAGUGCCCUUAGGACAAGCACUCCUGCCACCUACAUCGGGGACCUUGCCAUCCUCGUUUUUGGAAAAGAAACUCUUUCAGAGUCGAGCUUGACCGGGAAGCAGUCUGGCGCCCACAAAGAUGUGGCGUCAAAGCGACCACUGGAUGAAAAGAAGCUUGAGGUCAUAAUUGGGCAUGUUAGGUCCAAAUACCCAAACACCAGCGUCCAGGAGGUCAGAAGGGUAAUCCGGAAGAAGAUAAACAACAUCAGCUACAACUCUAAGAAAAACUAAAGAUAGAGCCAUUUCGAAAAAUGUUGCACUGGCUGGGCACUUUAUUUUGAUUUUUUGAUAUUUAUUUUAAGUUUUAUGCCCCCUGAUCUGAUGCCCGGGGAUGUC